CUCCAGGGGCGGAGCUACGCCAGGGGCGGGCCCGGGGCGUGGCCGGGUCCGGGAGUGCAGGUGCGGCUUCCGCGUCAAGAUGGCCGCCGCCUGUGGCUUUUCGCCCUGCCUCGCCCCCGGCCUCCUCCGCCGCCUGCCUGCCGGGGCCCAGCUGCUUCGCGUCGCCCUGUGCCUCCUGUGCUGGGCCCCGGCGGCUGUGGACGCCGUCCCUGAGCUCGGGCUUUGGACGAGGACGGUCAAUAACAAAUCAGGACCUUUGAUAUUUAGGAAAACUAUGUUUAACUCUACUGAUAUCAAGUUUUCUGUGAAGUCGUUCAGUUGUUCUGCACCUGUGAAGUUUACCAUAGAGUGGCAUUUGAAGUAUCACACCUGUCACAACGAAUACCCUGAGCUGGAGGAGGAGCUGUCCCAAAAACAUGAACUUAAUGCUGAUGCGGACUUCUGUGCUUAUUUCAAGAACAUAGACUGUUGGACAACAAAAAGUGAGAAUUUAGAUUGCAGCAGUGAUUUACAGGCAUUUCCCUCAUUAACUAAUAAAGAGCUAACAGGCAGCAGAAAUGUUUCAAGCCAAGAAGGAUCAACGGAUGUUGUAGCCAGGACCCAGAAAGAUGGCUUCCAUAUCUUCAUCGUUUCUAUUAAAACAGAAAAAACAGAUGCAACCUGGAAUUUGAAUGUUUCUCUUUCUAUGGUGGGGCCUCAUGGAUACAUCUCUGCAUCAGACUGGCCUCUAAUGAUUUUUUACAUGGUGAUGUGUAUUGUUUACAUAUUGUAUGGUGUCCUCUGGCUCAUGUGGUCUGCCUGUUACUGGAAAGAUAUAUUAAGAAUCCAGUUCUGGAUUGCAGCUGUUAUUUUCCUAGGAAUGCUUGAAAAGGCAGUUUUUUAUAGUGAAUACCAAAACAUCAACAGCACUGGACUGUCAACCCAAGGUUUACUGAUAUUUGCAGAGUUGAUAUCUGCAGUUAAGAGGACAUUGGCUCGCCUGCUUGUGAUCAUUGUGAGCUUGGGUUACGGCAUUGUGAAGCCUCGGUUAGGAACAGUCAUGCACCGGGUGAUCGGACUGGGACUGCUUUACUUGAUCUUUGCAGCCAUUGAAGGCGUCAUGAGAGUCAUUGGGGGUUCUAAACAUUUAGCUGUUGUUUUGAGUGACAUUAUUUUAGCAGUUAUUGACUCCAUUUUUGUGUGGUUCAUUUUUAUAAGUUUGGCACAGACUAUGAAGACUCUAAGGCUAAGAAAGAACACAGUGAAAUUUUCAUUGUAUAGGCAUUUUACAAAUACACUCAUCUUCGCUGUGCUAGCUUCUAUAGUGUUUAUGGUCUGGACAACAAAAACCUUCAGGAUUGCAAAAUGCCAAUCAGAUUGGAUGGAGCUCUGGGUUGAUGAUGCAUUUUGGAGCUUCCUCUUUUCACUCAUCCUUAUUGUGAUAAUGUUCUUAUGGAGGCCAUCAGCAAAUAAUCAGAGGUAUGCCUUCAUGCCUUUGAUAGAUGAUUCUGAUGAUGAAGUUGAGGAAUUCAUGGUAACAUCUGAAAAUUUAACUGAAGGAAUAAAACUAAGAGCCUCAAAAACGGUUUCGAAUGGAACAGCUAAACCUACUUCUGAUAAUUUCGAUGAAGAUUUGAAGUGGGUGGAAGAAAAUAUUCCCUCUUCGUUCACAGAUGUCGCUCUCCCAGUGUUAGUGGACUCAGAUGAGGAAAUUAUGACCAGAUCUGAAAUAGCUGAAAAAAUGUUCUCUUCAGAAAAGAUAAUGUGACUGGGACCUGCAGUUGAGUGAUGGGAAAAGCCUGUCUCAUCAAAACUGACGGCUUCACUAUGAUACGUUUUGUUGUGUUGUCGUGAAGAUCUGUGUGUGCAAAUGAAGAAUCAGGUGUGGGAGGGUCUGCCACCCUCAUAAAGCCAUCUUUAAAACUGACUCAUAAGGUCAGUUUAAUUGCCAUUAAGUUGCCUGAAUUUGGAAAUAAUCUGAUACAUCUUAACCAAGUGUACACAGAAGCGUGUUAGGUGACAGCUACAGGCAUGCAGAUUUGGGUCUCAAGUUUUCUCCAGAAAAAAAAGAAUUUGUACCUGGGUGUGGUGGCACAUGCCUGGCAAUUGAAUCUCUGUGAAAUCAAGGGCAGCCUGGUCUACAUAGUUCCAGGACAACCAGAGAGAGCUACUGAGUGAGAUCCUGUCUCAAAAAACAAAGCAAACAAAAACAAAAAAAAAAAAAAAAUGGAAAAGAUUCUCUAUGACCACUCCUUCCCUCGCACCUUCGAGAUUGAUUCUCCUGAAUGCUCCACAGCAGUGUUCAUCUUUUGUAGUGAUAACUUUAUUCAGUUUUUUUAUACUGAAGUGACAUAAUAUUGGAACGUGAGCAUGUUCAUAUGUUUUAUCUUGUCCCCUCUGUUGGUGUACACAAAACUCCUAUUUGUAAAUACCACCAUGCACUGCACGUCAUGGAGUAUGAGCUCAGGGGAACACAGGUGCACAAAGAGAGACGUCUUGAGGAUACGUCCAAAGAUUUGCAGGCUAUGGGUACACGUGCUGCUGCUAAUUCCACUAUGACCCCUGGCCAUGUGGCUCCCCAAAAGCACUUUCUUCGAAGCCUCUUGGUGCACCAUUCCUUGUGAGCUUUGUGGGGACUUGCACAGUAUCAGGUUGGCUACACGUUCUCGGUGUUUUCCGUUUCAGGAUAAAAACAUCUAACUAUACCAUGCAUCAACAUGUAAUUAACCAGCCCUUAAUCAUAUUUUACACCUUGUUUUGUUAAAUUAUGUUCAUAAUGUAUGAUUGAAAAUUUCUAUUCUAAUAUUUUUUAAAUAUAGAAUGUUGUAACUUGAAAGGCACUUGAAUGUAGUUUGGAGAUGUGAAUGCUUUGCUGCUCUCAUGACCAAAGACACCAGACUGGCAGGCAUUAAUGAUGAAAGGCAGGGUCUGUGGCUUUUCUCUGGAGGACGUCUGGCCUUGUGAAUUAGAAUAAUUUGGAAUAAUUGAGAAAACAUGAAAAUCUGACCAGGAGCGCUUAACCACAACCUGCAGUGAUUUUCACUUUGAUGCCACAAAACAACCCUUUCUUUCAAAAGCUUACUCUUCUGAGUUUAUUUCCUACGUACUCAUUCCAUAGGGGUUGGUAGAGAUACAUUUCUGUAGUUGUAUCUCUUGAAAAUAUCCCAUAGUGGACACUGGGAAAUGGUGCAGUGUUGGGAGCCCUGGUGGAGAGAGGCUAGUUCGCAGCCCCCCUGCUUCCUGGUGCUUCCUGAGGGAGAGUGGCCAAUUCAACCAAAGUGGGUCCAUUGCUUCUGUCAGUUUCUGCCACAGUGAUGGGCUUCUCCUGUCCUCUAUGCUUCCCUGCAUGCGUGUACAUUUUGCUUUGGCAUAGUCCACCUUCUAACCCAGUUGUUUGAGAACUGGAGACACCCUUGCAGGGUGGGGGUCGGGGGUUGCAGGGUGCUGCGUAGCCCACGCUGGUUGAUGUUAGACUUGAGAACCUCUUGCUAAGAUUGCAAGCAUGCACCACCGAAGCCCACUUCACAUGUGUAUUUAAUACCCUGCCUUCACGGGAUGAGGCAGUUGACCCACAACCCACACGCCUGCAGUUGAUAUUUCUCUUAUAGCUAGCAGGGGUUACACAUUGAGUGAGUGUAGGGGGAGGAGUUGCUGGCCAGGGAAAUGCUUUUGAUACCACGUCAGUAGUGUUUCAAAAAAAAAAAAAAAAAAAAACAAAUAAACCAGGAAAGACAAAGGAUGCUGGCCUAGCUCCAGGUUGAAAUGAACACUUUCUUUCCAUCCAGAGAGAGUGGAGUUUCAUCUUGACAACCUCACUAGAAAUGUUUUGGAAGGGUGUGUGUGCUAUCUGUUGCAUUUAGUGAUAAUGGUGCCAGGUGCUAAUGUUUAAUGACCUGUGUUGAGCUUUUCUUGGGGGGCCCUACAAUGUCAGUGUAAUUCACAAGGACUAGGUUGUCCACCCAGGGCUACCAUGCAGCUCUUCAACCUCCUUCCCCAUCUGCUCCAAGGCUCCAGACAACAUUGGGGCUUCCAGACGCCCAGCUCAGUUUGCUCAAAAUGCUAUUGGACAGACCUCCCCUUUAGUUGAGGUCUGAGGAUAAGACUCCAGGUUUGUGCUCAAAACUUCUUGUAAUACAGUUUGUGUUAGAUUUUGGUAAUGUAUGAGGUUUGCUUGAGACAUUUUUCAUGAUUUGAAUUAGGUUAAUAUUUAAAUAUGUGCCUUCUGGGGUAGUUAUGUUAUUUCAGUAAGAAACGAGAGAUGGAAAUUAUAAGCUUGGGAGGUGGUAGGUUGCCCCCAUCCUUUUCCUGUUUGUUUGUUUGUUGGAUUUUGUUUUGGUUAACUUUUCCUAUCUUGUGGAAAUUGGAUUAUGGUACAUCAUAUUUAGACUACAAUAAUGUCAAGAUUUGACUUAAAGUGUGCAUACAAAGUUGAUUUGUACACCCUAUUUCAAGGAGGUUUGGGGCUGUUGACCUGGCUGUCUAUGACUGAAGCUGAAAGAGACCAUGCUAGGUUUUGUCUCUUGUUCUGAUGUCUGUGAGUGAUUGACAGCAUGCAGUAAGCAAUACAAAACACCAAGCCUUACAUCUGUCAGAGGAAGUGUAAAAUACAAAAUUCUGAACAUAUAAAUGUAUUUAAGUGACAAAAAUAGAUUUUUUUAAGGAAGUGUAUGUCAUAGGACAGGAACUCGAUACUGUUUUAAGUUUCUUUAGAACUAGGAAAACAUUCAUUCUUGGGGGAGAAUGUUUAGAGGUUAAAAAUAUAUUCACUAUUUAAAAAGAUUAAGUUAUUAUUUGGGGGAAAUUUCCUUGAAUAUAUAACAGCAAUUUAAAGGACUUUCGUUUGAAAAAAAUUGUAUUUUUAUGCCUUAAUAUUUGUUUUUUUGUAAUAAAUUGCUUUCU